AUGGAGCAAUGGGUUCCGUUGUUCGACAUUUUCAUGAAUAGUCCAACACCAGAAACCGAGACAUCUCUCUGUCUGCAACAAAAUUUCAAUGCGAAACAGCGUCAUCGUCAACAACAGCUCCAAACACGACAAGCUCUUUCCUCUCUUUGCUUACCAAACCCUGCAACCCAUUUGUCAAAGACUCAUCUUUUUCUUCACCACCACACCAAAAAGUCAAGAAUAUUGCCGUUUCUUGCUUUGGAGAAUGAGAGGUUUAAUGCCAAGGAAUUAUCUAAGCUGUCUGGAUCUGGUGAAGAAUUAGUCGAAGAGUUCGAGUCCAUGCCGGAUUGGCUCGAGGACAUGGCUGCAGUUGACGAUCCGCUUCUCUAUUGGCUACCUUUAUCCGGAGCUGAUUUCUGUCCGAGCUUUUAUAGCUCGGACAAUGACGAUACAUUGUUCUGUCAAUUUGAAAAAACCAAAGGCAGUGGUUCGAAGGAAGUCGAGGACAAGAUGGAGGUGGUUAGCGCUCCGAAUGUGCCUUUACAGCCUGAAAUCGAAACCAUGGCUGUUAGUUUGAGAGACAGGGUUAUAAACUCGGAGUCUAUCUUCAAAGCUGUAGCUUUAGCAAAUGAAAUUCGCCAACUUUGCUUGGACAAAGGAGUGAAUCCUUUACAAGUUUUGAGUUUGAUCGAGCCUUUGAAAGCCGAGGACGAGACCGAGUCGGUGCUGAUCUCUCGUCUUUUGAGUGACGACAAAGACGAGCUCGCUUGGCCAAGUCAGGUUCUCAGCUCAAUCGUGCUUCCCAAGUUCUUGGUUCUAUCAGAGCCAGCUUCUCACCUCAACGAUCGGAUGCCUACAGAUGUGAUCCGCAGACUUUCAGUUUAUUUAGUUACUAAAGUUGAUCAAAACUGA